UAAACUUCCUAUGCCCGUGGUCCCUACACGCGCACGUCUGCCCUCCCAACACAAGGGGCACUGUCAGGAAACGGCCGCACUAGAACACCGGAACCAUUUCUAACUUUCAUCCAAAGAUUUUUCCGGACGUGUUUCUUGUACGGACCCGGCUUCUGCUUUGUUUACUUUUUAUUUUAUAGCCUCAAAUCUACCAGCAGAUCUCUUAUUAGUAACAUUUUCAAACCCCUAGCUCUCGUCUAUGUCUCUCGUUUUUUCCUUUUAUCUAUGAACACGUAUUUUAAUGCCAGUAUAUAUGAAUUUUAUUUUACCUUUUUGAACAUACAGGCGCUUAGGAAGGUGCAGUCAUGUCCGCUGAGCGACAAAUGUUCCCGUCGCUGUUCUCUCCGCCGCCUUUCGCUGCAGUCGUAGCGGUAGAAAGUGGCGUGGAGCCUGUGGGCAUUCCCCAGUCAGAGGUGGAAACAUUCAGGAUGUUCCUGAACGAGCGGCUGACGGCAGCAGUGGAGGACAUUCUGAGCGUGUUCGGGAAGACGGUGGCUCGGUACCAGGAGCAGAUAAGCUGCCAGCAGCGGGAGCUGGACAGCCUGAGGUCCGGGGAGCGAGAGUGGAGCCGGGCAGCAGAGCCCCUACAGGACUCAUCCUGGAUGAAGAAAUGUCCUGAACACCAGACCCUUGAUGCCCCACUGUUUCAUACUGACAAUCUUAUUGAGAAAGUCGUCGACACCUCAGCUGCUCCGAUUAAAUCAGAAGGUGUGGAUGAGGAUUGUGGAGAGUCGACAACAUGUCAUCACCCCAGUUUAACACACCAGCUGGAUCCAGAAGCAGCGAGCGAUGAGCGAGUUAUCUGUGAGGACUCUGACACGGAGAACAGCGAGGACGGCUGGAGAGACGAUGCCACUUUGUGGAAGUCAGAGGAAAUGGCAGAAAACAAAGAUCCCAGCUCCAGUUCAGAACCUCAGGGCUCCACUGAUCUGCCACAGUUUGGCUGCCAGGUUUGUGGCAUCACCUUCCAGAAGAUGGGCUACCUGAUCACCCACGCUGCAGUGCAUCAGGAAACCUGUGGAGUUUGUGGAAAACAGAUGGAACAAACGGAAAGCCUCAAGCUUCACCUGAAAGCUCACCGAGAAACGACGUUCCGCUGCAGCGUCUGUGGGCAGAGCUUCACGCUGCGGGGGAACCUCCGCAUCCACAUGAAGAUCCACUCGGGCGAACGGCCGCACAGCUGCAGCAUCUGCAGCAAGAGCUUUGGCCGGCGGGCGUCGCUGGUGCGCCACGUGCGCAGCCACAUGGGCGAGAAGCCGUUCGCCUGCAUGUACUGCGGCCACAGCUUCACGGAGAAGGGCAACCUGACGGUCCACCUGCGGACGCACACAGGAGAGAGGCCGUACCGGUGCUCCAGGUGCGCCCGCAGCUUCAGCCAGCUGUCCAGCUUCUAUAAACACCCGUGUCAGAAGAAAGGCCUGAUCUGUGCCGCCAUCACUACCACCUGACAGCUGGGACACGUGAGCGGCUGUAGAAGGGCUUCCCCUGUGAAACAGAGCAAAGUAAUGGACACUUUUAUCAAAGUAACAUUUCAUCAGAGUUUGUUGAUGACUAGAAACUUUUUUUUUAUUCUCUCCGUUUCAAAUCAGUCAUUUUAUCUUAAUUUUAGGAAUUUUUUGUCUUCAAAACCAUGGGAUUAAUAUACAUAAAUAUUUAAAUCCAUAACUUUUUGAACACCUGUCGAAGCACUAACUGAGCCUUGCUCUUUGUAAUUACAGAUAUUUUUUGUUUGGUUCAUUAGAUCAGAAAUAUUGAAGAAAAACACUUCAUUCACUUUUCUCCAGCUUUAUCUUAAACAAUAAAACAAUAAACUUUGAAAAAUUGUAAAAAAAAAUAAAAUAAAAAAAAGUGGGCAUAAUAGAAUUAAAUGCCACAUUAAAACAUCUUGAAAAAUUCUACUGAAAAAACCCAAAUCUGUUCCAAAUAAAUGCAGUAGGUGCAAUAAACAAUUUUCAUGCAGCUGCACACCCUUAGAUUAAUACUACGUACAUUUUCAUUUAAUUCCAGCAUUUAGUUUUCUUUGGCAGAAGUCAUAACUUCAUGCCCACAUCUUGGCUCGGUAAUGUAGUAUUCCCAAACACUUCCUGCCUAAAUUGUCCAACUCUAUCAGCUCGAGAGGACUUCUCUGUCCAUGUCCCUCUUCAGAUGUUCUCAAAAUUGAUGGCUGUUCCUAUAUGGGCAACCACCUAGGGCGGCAUCUUGUGGGGGCGGCUUGAGACUGCCCCAUACCCCCAAAACCCAGUCUUACAAUUGUCAGCAGUUUAUUACGUCCUUGUUUUAUUGUUGUUAUUUUGGAUCUUGUUCCCACUAACAUUUAUUCUUAGCUGUGUAAAAUGUUUGGACAUGAUUCAUAAUGGUCUCAGUUGUUUAAACACUCAAAAUACUGGAGUAUCUAUAGUGAUGUGAAAGACUUUUAAGAGACCAUCAUACAAGUUUAUUCUUUUUUUAGUACUCUACCUCAGUUUUUACUUAUUGUUGGAAUGUGUGUUAUGUGAAAAAGAUGUGUCUUAUAAAAAUAUGGGACCAUUUAAAAUGAAGGGUUUGUGGUGAAUUGGCUCAACCGUCAAUUUUUGUUGCAAGUUUUCUAAUCAGGUUCUGUCUUUACACGUGGCUCUGUCAUUGGAAAUAUUUUGUUGGAAAAGACAUUUGCAGUUCUCUUCGGUAAGAUGAAGAUGAAGACUUUUCUUAUUUUUAUACCGAUUCUAAUUUCUUAUGCCCUUGACUAAAGUUAGCACAAUUUGUCUGGAUAAAAGUUGAGACUUUUGUUGUGUGGAAGAUUACAAUAAAUAUAUGUUUGUAGGAAGAAAACCAAAGCUUCAUUAAAUAAACUAAGAUUUGUCA